AUGGCUCUUGCAGACCACAAAGCCACCUUUAUCCAAUCCGCCCUUUCCGCAAAUGCCCUUUCUUUUGGCACUUUCACCCUCAAAUCUGGUCGCACAUCUCCUUACUUCUUCAACGCCGGCCUCUUUCAUCGAGCCUCCCUCUUCCGCUCGAUAAGCCUCGCCUACGCAAACACCCUCGCCUCGCAUACUCCAGCGCUCGACUUUGAUGUCCUGUUCGGUCCCGCAUACAAGGGCAUUCCGCUUGCCGCAAGUGUCCUCGACAAACUCGCCGGGCUAGACGAGAAGCGGUAUGGUGAUGUGAGUUACAGUUUCAACCGCAAGGAGGCCAAAGACCACGGCGAGGGCGGCACGAUCGUUGGUGCAGGGCUCAAGGGCAAGAGAGUUGUCAUAAUUGACGAUGUUAUCACGGCUGGCACAGCAAUUCGCGAGGCGAUUGAGAUUAUCAAAGCGCAAGGGGGCACAUUAGUCGGAAUUAUCGUAGCUUUCGACCGGCAGGAGAAGACACCGGCGAAGGAGGGUGAGGAUGAGGUGGCGCCGAGAGGGAGUGCGAUUGGGGAGCUCAGUAGGGCGUAUGAGAUACCGGUAUUGAGUAUUUUGAAUCUCGAUGAUGUGGUGCAGUACUUAAAGACGCUUGGGACACCAGAGGAUUUGAAACGGCUGGAGGAAUAUCGCGAAAGGUACAGGGCUACUGAUUGA